AAAUAUUUCCAAUCUAAAUAUUAUGAAGUAUUCUGAAAAGCUUUAUUAUGUUAGGAAAAAUUCCAAUUUCUUCCCAUAUUUUUAUCACUCUAAAACAAACUGCUUCACCAAGAUUGAUAGGCUUUUUGUUUAUGAUGUUACGAGUCAUGCCAUUAAAUACUGGACUGUUUUUUCUUUAAUCUUUCGUGCCUGGAUGCAUUGGGCAAUUAUGGAAACAUAUAAUGUAGCCACAGCUGUGCUUGCACUGCUUGAUUAAUGUUGAGGUUAAGGGUUCCUUUUUAUAUUUAAAAAAUAAAAAAUUAUUAGCUUGUUUUACUCGACAAGCAUCAUCUGGUUGUACUUUGGCUUACGUGGAAUCAGUUUGCUUUGGUGGCAAGACCUGGUUGGUUGACGCCAACACAACUCUAAAUGACAGGGUUUAGAAAACGCCUUCAGCUUCUUCCCUGUCAACAUAAACAGAAAUUUCACAGAAUUUUGCAGAAGCAGACCGUCAUGACAGCUCGGAAAAGAGCUUCAGCGACUGCGACAACAACAGCGGCUACUGCAGACUCGAGGUCAACUCAAGCAAACCAUAAAUCCCCGGAAAGCACUUCUUCUGAUCUGCUGAUGGCGCGGCCAAAAUGGGGAAUAAUCGUGAAGCUUUCUCUUUUAUUCUCAAUCCCAUACUUUUACCUCCUCUUCUACCAUUACAAGAUCGAACAAGAGUUGAAGAGAUUGAUCCUUAUCAAUGCUGGACUCAGUCUUGCCGGCAUCUUUGUUACUCUCAAGAUGAUACCCGUGGCUUCUAGAUAUGUUCUGAGCCGCAGCUUGUUUGGGGUAUGAUAUCAACAAGAAAGGUAUCCCUCAAGGAACUGUUAAAGUGCCUGAAUCAUUGGGAAUUGUUGUAUGUAGGCAUCAUCUUCUUGGUCUUGGCAAUCGUGUUCCAGUAUUUUAACUUCACAGCAGAUUCAAACUUCUAGGGUAUCUACAAGAAAGUUUCAGAAAAUUGAAAAACUACUGAUGCCUGAUACCAAUUUUGAGUGGCUUGUCGAGUGCAAUGCAGCAUUGGCAUCUAUCUGCUUCAUGAUUUUGCUUGGAUUUGUAGAUGACGUCCUGGAUGUUCCUUGGAGAGUGAAACUACUACUGCCAUCAUUUGCUACUCUUUUCCUAUUGAAGGCAUAUGCUGGACAUACAACCAUCAUUAUUCCAAAGCCUCUAAUUCCAUAUGUUGGGCUAGAGGUGUUGGAUCUAGGAUGGAUCUAUAAAUUAUAUAUGGCACUUCUGGUAGUCUUCUGCACGAAUUUCAUCAACAUUCAUGCUGGUUUGAAUGGUCUUGAAGUUGGGCAAACAGUUGUCAUUGCAUUUGCUAUUAUGGUACAUAAUAUCAUGCAAAUUGGAGCAUCUUCAAACCCUGA